AUGUCAGUGACAAGACAGCUCCAUUUCCUCAUUAUCUUUGUGCAUAGGGAUGAUGGGCUUAUCUUUUCACCAGAAGAACAGUGUUUGGCUUGUGAACUACAAGAUUUCGACAGGAGACACCAACGUCUCCUCCUUUAUGGAAAUGCUCUAUCACAAUUCAAUCUUUUACAAACAGGCCUUCCACAGGGAGCUGUCACAAGCUCCACACUUUUCAAUGUCCUCUUCAAUGACAUAGCCGAAUUGGUACAGACAGUCACGGGCAUCAAGUGCUUACUUUACGCAGAUGAUCUUGUUCAAUGGUAUUCCGCCCCUAAGAAAAACGCUCAGGAGAGAACGGAUAGUGCACUAAAAGGUGCACUUAAACUACUAGCAAACUGGUGUGACAACAAUGGAAUGGUAAUCAACACCGCGAAAAAUGCUUUCCAAACAUUUUCUUUGGCCCGUCACAGCAUAAAACCACUUCAAAGGUACAAGGAUACUAGCCUAGAAAUAGCCAAUGAGUUCACUUAUCUCGGAAUGACGUUUGACAUUAAGCUAACGUGGAAAGUCACAUUGCUAAAAUAA